GUUCAGACUUGAUGACGAUACAACAUUAUACAUUCUACAUUUUGCGGACGACCAAGUAGUAGUGGCAACAGACAAGGAAGAUUUAGAAUUCAUGACGAGAUGGUUGUUUAAAACAUAUGAAGAAUGGGGCCUCUCUGUAAAUAGAAACAAAACGCAAUACUUACGCAUCGGGAAUGAAGUAGAAGAUCUAAUGGUCAACGAACAUGAAACAAUCAAGAACUGUGAGAAAUAUAUAUAUAUCGAAAAAGAGAUAGAGCAAAGAAUCGUGAAAGGAAAAAGGGUGAUUGGAUGCCUAAACCCGAUGCUAUGGUCAAGAGAACUAAUAAAUCAAAGAAAGCAUCUCCUCUUUAACUCCAUCUUUUAAAGUAUAGUGCUCUAUGGAUGCGAAACAUGGCAACUUACUAAAUCCCUUGAGCGACGCCUACUUGCAUUGGAAAUGGACUUCUGGAGAAGAUCAGCUAGAAAAUCAAGGCUUGAUAGAAUACAAAAUGACCAUAUCAGAAAUAUAAUGGGAGUCAAGUCAACCAUCAUUGACGAAAUUCAAAGGAGACAACUAAUCUGGUAUGGUCAUGUAGAAAGAAUGGACGACGACAGGCUGCCAAACCAAAUUUUAAAAUGGACGCCAAGGGAAAGAAGGAAGAGAGGAAGGCAAAAACAAUCCUGGCUGGGCGGCAUUCAGAAGGCAAUGUCGGAAAGAAACCUUCACCCUGGCGAAUGGAAUGACCGACGUAGCUGGAAACUGGGAACCAGAAGACGGAGAACGCUAUAA